AUGAACGUCUGUAAAGAAUUCAUUAAGCUCGCCUUUAUGCAAGCAUGGUCGCUAGUGACGCUGGUGCAGGAUGCGAAGCUGCCUCCCACACCGCCAGCGCAGACCUGCUUCGUAGACGUAGCCAUACAGGAGACCAGCCUGUGCAGUAACGUCUUCAAGAAACACGUCACCGAAAAGGCGUUUAACGCAUCGGACCCUAAAGACUUGAAGGAAGCGUGUUGCUCGCUGGAUCGGCUGGAGCGGUGCCUCUACGCGGCCUCCAACAACGCGGGCUGCAAGGAGGAAGUGAACACGCUGGUGUCCUCGCUGCUGCGCGUGGCACGUAACCUGCUGGGCGACGUCUACAAGACCCGCUGCCGGUUCAAGUGCAGCGCCGCCUGGUCCCCGUCGGCGCCGCUGCAUCUGGUGCUGCUGCUUCUGGCGGCCACCCUGCUGAACGACCGCUUAUAGACCGCCGUGGUUGGGCCGCAGCCCUGCUAGACGGCAACCUCGACGAGGUCCCGGAGCUCGAACGUCUCUUGUUCGCCCGACUUCAACACCUGAGAUCACCGAAGCGCGGAGCUUGGUGUUUCCGACUUCGUUUCACACCGACGUGUUGUGCAUACUGCUUAUGGACUGCUCAGGCUGCGAUGGACGUCUGCGCAGGCGCAGCCACUCCCGCUGAGUACACGGACCAUGUCGGGCGUCUACGUGGUCACUGGCCCUCCUCGUUGACGAGAUAUUCUUGAUCGAGACGAACGUUGUUUUCUGCUCGGAAUGACGAGCGUUCGUUUCCAUCGCCGCCUACAUGUCUACGACAGUCUACGGGCGUGUCCCUCACUGCGGUCUCGGGAGAAGGCAGUUCUGAUGCCGUUCUCCGUGUCGAAUUGAACUUUCGAUUGGGAUGAACUGUUUCGCAUCGCGUCACCGUUUACCGAGGACAAGUCGGUCACGCUUUGCAAGGCUCAAGGAGGGCACCGAAACACAAACUAAGUUCCGGUAGCUGAUAAUUUUAGUGCGUGAAGUCAUCCCGCACUAGUGAAACAGGAUGACCGUGAUUGAAACAACAAGUGUACUCGUCGCGGGAACGCAUGUCGCCAUGCAUCGGCGACAUGCACCAAACACGGAAGUUCUUGGAAGAUAAGCGCAUGGGGGCGGGUACUACACUCUGUAUUUUUGUGCUCAAUCUAAACCCCUCGACCGACCACGCAACUGCUUUAGCUUGAGAAGGAACGGGAUGUGUUGUCACUUCUCUUUUGCGGGCGUUAUCUCGAACUAUACGGCUCUGUACUCGCCACUUGUGUUCCCGCUGUGGUAUCUUGUGGACAGUCCUUGUUUUGAUAGCAAGUUAAACGUGCCAUUGCGUGAAAAUGGUCAAUCUUUCGUAUAGUUUCUUUACUUCUUUUUUUCUUUUACCGAGACGGGUUUUUUUUUCAUAUAAGUGUUUUGCAAUACACGCUAUAACCCAGUGUUGGCGUGAGUAAGUAUAGUUGAUAGCUAUGUUUAGGGAGACUGUACUUUUAUGCUUGUUUUGUCAUGGCUGUUCAUGUGUUUCAUUCUAAUCAGGGACAUACAAAAUAGGAAAGUUGGGCAACGUCCCCUCUCCCUGUCCUACUAGAAAUAAACAAAUAAACAAAACACUGAACGCAUCAGGUAAAACGGCUCGUAGCCUACCCGAAGUAGUAUACAAAGCACGUCCGCUAAAGUGUGCUGACUUCUACCUGGAAAUCUAUUUAAUUUCUUUGGCACGCAAUAUUAGAAAGACAACGGAGAUAGCCGGGAUUUCUAGGCGUCAUGACUCUUAGCAAUACAUAUUUUUUUUUAGUUUCUUACUUUCAAGGAUGUACGAAGUGGUGUCGCGGUGUUCCAAGAGAAGCUCGUGCAGCACUCAGUCAUGUGUACUUAAUUAAACGUCAGCAUGGUGGUGAUAGCGGUGCAUUUUUUUCGCGCACCUGAGAUAUCUUCAGGCGUGCAGAGUCACGUUUUUUUUUUUUUUUUCACGUACGUCAGCGCCAGUCAGUUGGAUUUUCGUUUCAUGUUUUUUUUUCUUUUGUGGCUGGUACGAGGACGCAUCAAGCUGUACCAGAAGCACUCCCACACGGCGUUCUCUUCUUCCCCCACUUGAUGUACUGUCAUCGUCGACCCCUGCGUUGGUGUAUAGUGACACAUCGUUUGUGCUGGUGCGUGCUCAUUUGUGUGGACUGGCGUGUUUGGGGAGGCACGGCCGCAGGUUGGCAGCGGCCAACUCCACUCCACCACCGUUGCGCCAGUCUUGUCGUUCAAGCGGGACGUGUUGGACCCUGUGAAGCCUGCGUGUGCUCGGUGAAGUGACGAAACGGCGGAGUAACGCCACGGCUACACGAAGGAAGCAUUAAUUGGAUUACUGUAGCGCGGAAUUAAGCCUGUUGUUCUUAGCCAAGUGCGUGAUAUUCGUAGGAACGUACCAUGGCGCGCUUUUGUGAGAAUUUGUGCUUUUUUUUUUUUGUAACUGUACCGAUACACUUUUCUGAAUUCGGUAAAGCGCAAGCCUGAAUGGCUGCAUUCGAUAUGGCGAUCUCUCUUGUGUCGGCUGAAUUCUGUACAGUGUGGGUGCAAACUCGUGAUGAGUUAGCAGCUUACGAGCGCAGCAUUAGCUAUGCAGACCGGGUCACUCUCGCUGUGAAAUUUAACUCCCAAUAUUUAUACGCAGAUGAUCGAACUACGUAUACAGUACUUUAUGUGAGCGUUCUUUUUUUUUCUUAUUAUGGCAAGGGAAGCAGUGAUAAAGACUUUAGAACACAUUUGACGAACAGCUGUAUUUUUUGGUUGGAAGUUGCUAAAUUAUUGACGUACAUUUUCUUCGAUGUUGGCGUCUCAAAAGUCACCCAACGCACAAAGUGCGAGAGCUAGCGUCAGAAAGCAGCUUGCAUCGUCACGUAAAAAGGUUUCUGCGCCAUUACUGAGCCAUUCCACGAGAGAGAUGCCGCACGUUCGUGUGACUGGCAACACUUAUACAAGGCUCAGUAUCGCAGCAGUCGACAAGUCGUGCGGAUUCCAGUCUGCAUCGCUGGACUGUGCGUGUGUAAUAACAGUGACGCAGCUGCUCUGAUUUCACAUGCGGCUCACCGAAAAUUAAAAAAAAAAACAGGUUUGGAAGUAACGAUCUGGUUUCACUUAUACACUGCCAACUGAUCCCUUGCGCGCAUUUCUUCGCUGUUGUCGCUUAAGCCUCAGUCCCAAUUUCUGGCUUCUUUGUUUUAAUGUAAUUGGGUAUUAAUGCUGGAGUGCUGUACUAUUCAGUGCCAAUUUUAAUGAAAUUAAGUGUCUAAAAUUCUUAGCGACGGAGAAUGCAGAAACGGAUUAAUAAUCGGCGUAAUUUCUCCGCGAAGUGGCGUCGCUUAUCCUUUCGCCAUCGAUUAUUGUUUAAGUGACAGUUGCCCAACUCCCCAAGUGCACGACCGGCCUACGUGUAAACGGGGCCUCAAUCCUUCUAGCGGCUCGUCUCAAAGCGUUUUCAUCGGAGCUUUAUUCCGUUGUUUAAUAACUGCGUCUACAUUGAAAAGUGCACCAACGAGAAACUUGCAUUACGACUAGAUUGUCGUUCUGCGUCAAUGUCGCGAGUGUUCCCACAGGUGCCCCGCUUUAGUUAGCAUAAAACUGUGCGAAAUCUCUGACGACACACAUGGUGUGAACAAGGACUCGACAUACGGUAUAUGUCGGCGUAUGUGUCAAAGGCAGCAGUUGUUCUCUCACAAGUGGUAUGCCGUGUGGUCCUCGCAGAGGGAUGGCAGCCACCAGAAACGUCAGCAAGAUUAACCAAAGACAGAUUAUCGCCCGAGACAUGUGAAUAGUUUAUUUCAUGAUAUUAUAAAGCGUGUUUGACAAUAAGUUUCUCUAGAACGUGUUUCCUAUGUUUUCCUGGUUCCGUUUUCCAAAAGCAUGCACGCCAAGGUAAACUUUUUUGAAGUGGCUCACGUGAAAAAAAAAAAUAUUGAUGUUCUUAUAGCUUACUUUGGCGACGGAAUAGCAACUGCUGUCCGACGGACAAAUGCUCUUGUAGAAAUGCGCGUAAUUGUGCUAUUCAUAGGUGACGAUAGCCUGUCGAAUUUCGAACCAGUGUUCAAAGUGGUCGCAUAAGAAUCAAUCAAUUUUACCCGUUUCACACGCGUGCACGGAGGUUCUACUCGAAAAAAAUUCAAUUCAUGUUGUCUUUCUCAGAAAAUGUAAGACUUUGAAGUAUUGCAAAAAAAAAAAAACGUUUGCACAAAGUUGUGAUGCGUCGAAUCAUCCGGACAUCACAAUGUACGAAGUCACCCACACAAACGUCCUUAAGCUGACCCUAAUUAGAACAUUUCAAGUUUGCUAGGAGCCGUUGCCGUAAAGCCUUGAUAUUUCGCGGUUCGGAAACAAAAAUAACGAGUCUCUUCCACUUGUGUGCGUGGUGCAAUGGCUGCCACUUAUCUUUUUCUCUUUGCUUUCUUCGCGAGCGGAACUGAGCAUUGUCCUGCUCACCUGCGUGCGUCUAUACUCAUUUUGACAGCAUGAACGGCUGGUGUGCAAGAUUGGGACAUAUUUGAGGCGUCACCAGCUGCUUGCGCAACUCUUCUUUUUCAUAUAUAUAUAUAUAAGAUUUUGUACUGCCGCAAUACUCGGCGUUUUCUUCUCUUUCAAUGACGGUCGAGCGUCGCUUUCAUUCCUCUGUCUCGCGGCGAAGGCUUCCCGACGACAGUUCUUUUAGUGUCUCCUGAAGAAUGUAUUCCGCUGCCAAUAUCGGUGGAAAGCAAAUGAGCUUCGUGCUGUGCCUGUGCAAAUCAUACGUAGUGGUGACAAGCCUAUUUCGUUUCGAGCACAUUUGCACUGCUGCUUAGUCAUCGCUAAGUUUUGAGCGACAAACUUUUCCCUGAAGACUAAGUCAAUGGACUAAGCGACCUAACCGAGCCGGUCCCAAAUUAACGCUUUCUUUUCAAGCGUCACGAGUGCACAGGUUUCUUUCGCGUAUACCGGGAACAUAUUCAAGCUUUCGUUAUCUUGCCUGAUGUUUUUUUCCCUUUUUUUUAAAAUAGCGGGCGACCUAAGGAACUGCUCAUCGAGAUUACCCUACCCGCAAUACUAUCGUUUUUCUCUUGAAAAAAAAAAUGUGCUGAUAUAUUGACAAUGUUGAUCCUGUUGUAGUUAUGAUUAAAGACGAAACUUCUUUUUCAUCA